AUGGGGUUUCCGAACCGACCACCGACCAUAGAGUUGUCCAACUGGUUGAAGAGUGACAACCGUAACGUGAAUGGAGAAGAAGAACCUGUUCCAUUACAAAGAAAACUAGGCAACGAGAUCUUAACCGCCAGCCUUGUAAUGAAUGAAGCAAAUGAGGAUGAUGUUUCGACAAGUUCUGAUUUAACAAAGAAAAAGGAAAUUACUUGGGGUAAGGACACAUAUCUGGAGAAGAUGACUUUACAGAAUUUAGGUGUACGAAGCGCAUCGUGGAUGUUAGAACGUAAAGCGUCCGUCGGUCCUUGUUAUAAGCAAGGAAUGCUGUUCGGGGAGCCAUCAGGAAUCAGCGUCUGCUUACCUAAGAAACAUUUGAAGCAUGCGAGUUCUGCUCUAGAACAUUGUAGACCAAUCAAAUCCGGGAUUAGUAUUAUCAUAUCUGGGAAAUGUUCCAAUAAGAAAUCUAAACUCUUUGGGCCGGUUCAGUUUGAGAUGAGAAGAGCUAAAGUUUCCUCAAGGAGAAAAGAGGAAGAGAACGCUGAGUCAAAAAUUAAAAUAGACAACUACAAUAAUUAUUACGCCACUCUACGGGAUAAAUUGGACAACCUGUAUGGAAGAAUAAAACAUGCCUUGCACAUCUAA